AGGUCACCAUGGCACGUGACGUGACGACUUUGCAGUAUAGUUUUGCCAAACGUGAGUUUCCAACAUGGAACAUGAGGUGGUAGCUGGAAGUUAUGAACAGGUUGUGUUUGGCUAUAAGGUGGCCAUUGAUGAAAAGGAAUGGUCUCUCAAGGCCGACUUCACGCAUCACUCUCACACAGCAUCCUUAUCUGCUGUGGCCGUCAGUGACAGAUUUGUGGCAACUGGCAGCAAAGAUGAAACAAUCCAGUUGUACGACUUGAAAAAGCGUGUCGAACACGGCGCUCUGCUUCAUCAUGACGGUACAAUUUCAUGUCUGGAGUUCUAUGGCGCUUCUCACUUACUAAGUGGAGGAGAGGAUGGGCUUCUGUGUGUGUGGAGUACCAAGAAGUGGGAGUGCCUGAAAACCAUCAAAGCUCACAAGGGUCAUGUCACAUCACUGUCUGUGCAUCCCUCAGGAAAACUCGCCCUGUCUGUGGGAACCGAUAAGACACUCCGAACAUGGAAUCUUAUAGAUGGCCGAUCAGCAUUCAUCAAAAACAUAAAGCAAAAUGCACAUAUAGUCAUGUGGUCCCCUGCAGGAGAUAAGUACAUUGUGGUUGUGAAUGAUAGAAUGGAUAUUUACAGCCUAGAGACCGCAUCAGUGACCGCAACCAUAACAAACCCCAAGAGAAUCUCCUCAGUGAAGUUCCUGAGUGAUGUCAUUCUGGCCGUUGGAGGCGAUGAGGAGACCGUGAGGCUGUAUGACAUCAGCACUGAGCAGAGCGUUUGCGAGUUCAAGGCCCAUGAGAACAGAGUGAAAGCACUUGACAGUUUCACAGUUGAGGAUUACCAUGUCCUUGUGUCAGCCUCAAAUGAUGGAUUCAUCAGAAUUUGGAAACUCCAUCUUGAUCAGAUGCAGGAGCCACCAGCUCUCUUAGUGGAGGUGAACAGCACAGCCAGAUUAACCUGCCUGGCAGUGUGGCGGGCAGGCCUGCCGCAGGAGUCCACAGGAGAAAAGGAAGUGCAGGCUUCAACCUCCCAAGCCACAGAAUGUGCAAUAGAAGUCACAAAAACAAAGAGAGUCAGGAUUUCUACAGAGGAAGUGGUAAUCGAAGAGGACAGUUGCACCAAGAAGACAAAACAUGAAAACAUCAAAAAGAAAAAGCAAAAAACAAAAUAAAGACGUGCCUGUUUCUAAA